AUGGCACACCUUGCAAGGAAAACUAAAAUUGCCUGCACAUUAGGCAAGAGCUCGUCAAGUAAAGAGGUCUUAAUAGAGCUAUUACGAUCUGGAAUGGACAUAGCACGUAUCAGCGAUAGAUUCUUAACGAUUUCUAAGCAAGAAGUCCUUACAAACUUACGUGAAGCAAUGGAUGAAGCUGGAAUUCACGUAGGAAUCAUGGUAGGACUUAGAGAAAGUGACCUCAGGCUAGGCUACCAUAGCUCAAAUGAGCCUUUAAUCUUACAAAAAGAAGACACAGUCCAAAUAAUCACAACUCCAAUUGCAGGAAUUGAGGGCCAUGCUAUUCAAUGCAAUAAUAUGGAAUUCCCUAACUUGGUCAUCCCAGGAGACCAUUUAUUAAUAGAUUUUGGGAAAAUUGUAUACUAUUAAAUUCAAAUUUAAGAAAAUAUAAAAAAUAUUUUUAAAAUGAAAAAAUCAUUUAGAAUAGAAUAUUUACUGUUAUAGAAAUCAGAGACAUUGUAAAAACGCCUGAUCCUGCUGAUAUUUUAGAUCAUAGACUUAAUGGAUCUUCUGAUGAUCUUCACCAUCAUAUGAAAACUUCAGGGUCCAUGAAUGAGUUUCCUACCUACAAGACUGAAGGAAUGCAUAAGUCAGAUUCCUUCCAUUUAAAAAGAAUAAAAUGGUGACGUUGAUAGAAUUGGUCUCCAAGGCAGGCUCAUUAUGGAACAGAUCAGACCUAUCCUUAUAAAGCUGAAAACAGAGCCUCUGCUUCUUUUUGAAGCAGGCUUUCAGGUUUUAGGAAGUAUUGCCGAAAAGGGGAAGUUUGGUUUCUCCAUCAAAAGUUUUCACUAUCCCUGACAAGUGGGCUAGACAGAUUUUGCCUCUAUAGUCUUUGUCUAUAGGAAUAUUGGGGUACCCUACAGAGGGUAUCUAAUGGUCGCCCACUUUAAGUCCAAUCUUUUCCAUUCAAGACCUAAACGAACCAAGCCUAAAACAGCUAAACACAGAAGCCAAAAAGUCGUGAUUUGUAGAGUUGAACAAAACUGCACAUUUUUAGCUGACAAGCCUGUCCAUAUCAGACCUAUAGGAAAAAGAGAAGCCCCAGUAAGCUAUGCUAAUGAUAUUGAAGAUAUAAAAGACGCUACUUGGGCUAGUGAAAAUGACUUAGAUUUUCUAGUCUACAAACAGGUCAGAGACGAAAUCGAUUUAGCUGAUGUAUUUACAGUGCCUUUGCCUAAUAUAAAAAAAUAUAUUAUUUCACUAUAAAUUUACAUAAAAUUUAUCUAAAAUAAUUUUUUAUUUUUUUCAUAAUAAUAUGCUUUAUAUAGGAAUCCAAAAUAAAGAUUCAGCUGAUUUAAAAGAAAGUUUAAUAAGGUCUGCUGAUGGGAUUGUUAUUGGAAGAGGAAUGCUUGCAUUAGAAACAAGUUUAGCUGAGGUGUGUAGAAUGCAGAAAGAAAUAAUCAAGCUUUGUAAUGAGUUGGGAAAGCCUGUAGUGAUUUCUACACAAUUAUUAGAAAGCAUGGUCCAUAAGCAUACACCGUCAAGCAGCGAAGUCACUGAUAUCACAAAUGCUGUUUUAGAUGGCUGCGACGCAUUAUUAUUGACAGGAGAAACUGCCUAUGGAGAUAACCCAGUCGCUGCUUUGCAAGCGUGCUCAAGAAUUUGUCUUGAAGCUGAAAGGUUUUUAUCCUUAUAUCUCUAUAUAUGGCUUUUAUUAAUAAAAAAAUGGCUCAUUUUUAUUAAAAUAAGAAAAAUAUUUAUUUUUAAUUAUUUUUUAUAAAUAAAUUCAGCAUAGAUUAUCAGUCUCAAUGUGAAAGUAUAUUAAGUACUAUACGUGAAAAUAUUACUGUAGCUGAAAACAUUUGUUAUUGUGCAGUCAGAAGCAUUUUAACGCUCAAUGGAAAACUUAUAGUUUGCUUAACUCAGUCAGGCUACACUGCACAGCUAAUUUCUAGAUUUAUGCCGCCUUGUAUGAUAUUGGCCCUAACAGACUCCAUGAAAACUUUGCAUUCACUGAGAAUUGUAAGAGGGGUUUACCCAGUUUUUAUUAAAAAUUAUCAAGGACCAUUGAUAGGACAAGCAAUGGAAAUUAUUAAACAGACUGGACUGGGCAAGGUAGGAGAUGUAGUCGCUUAUUUGGGAAGCUUUGAAGACCAUUUUGAAGCGGGUGCUACAAGUUCGUUGAAAAUAAUCACGAUCGUUUAG